CUCUAAGUGAAUGUAUGUAACAUAUUUAUGUGUUUUCAAUAGACAUUUAAUUUUAGGCAAUAUUAAAUUAUAAAAUUUAAUGCUGAAAUAACUUGUGAAAAAUUUGCAAAUGUGCAUUUAAGUAAAGCUAAAAACUUUCAUAGGCCGGAGAUAUGCAGUGCCAAGUUAUGCUGCUUCAGAUAUAGCUAUCCCCAAAUUGUGUACUUUAUUGGAAAUUAAAAAGUCAAUAUGGGCGAUGUUGAUCCAGAAACGUUACUGGAGUGGUUGUCCAUGGGCCAAGGAGAUGAAAGAGAUAUGCAAUUGAUUGCAUUAGAGCAGCUAUGUAUGCUCCUUCUGAUGUCUGAUAAUGUGGAUCGAUGUUUCGAAAGCUGUCCGCCUCGAACAUUUUUGCCAGCCCUAUGCAAGAUAUUUUUAGAUGAGCUUGCACCAGAAAAUGUACUUGAAGUUACUGCACGCGCCAUAACAUACUAUCUGGAUGUGUCUGCGGAGUGUACACGAAGAAUUGUUUCAAUUGAUGGCGCUAUUAAAGCCAUCUGCAACCGUUUAGUUGUUGCAGAUCUUUCUUCACGAACAUCGCGCGAUCUUGCAGAGCAAUGCAUUAAAGUUCUUGAACUUAUUUGCAGUAGAGAAGCAGGAGCAGUUUUUGAAGGCAGUGGCUUGAAUUGUGUUUUAUCAUUUAUUCGAGACUGUGGAUCCCAAGUUCAUAAGGACACAUUACAUUCUGCCAUGGCUGUUGUUUCACGUCUCUGUACUAAAGUGGAACCCAAUUCACCUUGUAUAGAAAAUUGCGUUGAAAGUUUGAGCACUUUAUUACAACAUGAAGAUGCACUUGUAUCGGAUGGUGCCCUAAAAUGCUUUGCCUCUGUGGCUGACCGCUUUACAAGGAAAUGGAUUGAUCCCGCUCCCCUUGCUGAAUAUGGGCUGGUUACGGAAUUGCUUAAACGUCUCGAAAGCGCAGGUGGCAGCGGCAACAGUCACCCCCUAUCUUCAUCAAAGUUAAGUGGACCUCUUCAUACAAACCAGAACUCAGACAGACUAAAUGAGAAUGUUUCUGGAUCGUCCGUAAGUGCAGCUGGCAAAAUUCAAGCAAGUGAACUUCGGUCGCCUCAAUCCAUUUCAACAACAAUUUCGCUCUUGUCAACUUUGUGUCGUGGCUCACCCUCAAUAACGCGCGAUAUUUUAAGGUCUCAGCUGCCUGAUGCAAUUGAAAGAGCCUUAAAGGGCGAUGAACGAUGCGUUCUUGACUGCAUGCGCUUUGCAGAUUUAUUGCUUCUUCUUCUGUUUGAAGGGCGUCAGGCCUUAAACAGGGGAAGCGGAAACUCCAGUCAAAGUCAAUUGGCUCCGCGACCAAAACGAAACGACUCCAGUACUGAUCGAACUCAUCGCCAAUUAAUAGACUGCAUACGGUCUAAAGAUACUGAAGCUUUGCAGGAGGCAAUCGAAACAUGCGGCGUUGAUGUUAAUUGUAUGGACGACGUCGGGCAGACUCUAUUAAAUUGGGCAUCUGCUUUUGGAACCUUAGAGAUGGUUGAAUAUUUAUGUGAAAAGGGAGCAGAUGUUAACAAAGGUCAAAGGAGUUCAUCCCUUCACUAUGCUGCCUGCUUUGGGCGCCCCGGUAUCGCAAAGAUUUUGCUCAAAUUUGGAGCUUAUCCAGAUUUACGUGAUGAAGAUGGAAAAACACCGCUAGAUAAAGCACGUGAAAGAUCAGACGAUGGUCACCGUGAAGUUGCCGCUAUUUUACAAUCCCCUGGAGAAUGGAUGUCUUCUGGACAUAUACUUGCAAGCAAGGACGGACAACUGCAAACAUCGAUUGAACCACGCGGUGACCCUGAAAUGGCACCUAUCUAUUUAAAGCUACUUUUGCCCAUAUUUUGUCAGACAUUUCAGAGUUCUAUGCUGCCUAGUGUACGGCGAGCCAGUUUGGGACUUAUUAAAAAAAUUGUACAAUAUGCGCAUCCCUCGGUUCUUAAAAGCAUCUGCAAAAAGUGUGAUGAACCGACAACUUCAAGAGCCACUCAAAGUGUUGGGAACUUGUUAACUGAAGUUAUCGCCAGCGUUUUGGAUAGUGAGGAUGAUGAAGAUGGGCAUGUAAUAAUUCUAAACAUUAUUGAGGAACUUAUGUGUAAGACGCAAGAGGAAUUUCUUGAGCAUUUCGCGAGAUUGGGAGUAUUUUCCAAAGUACAAGCAUUAAUGGAUCAGGGUGACAACAAUAGCUCACCUCAAUUCCCGUCAAGCUCGUCAGAUCUGUGCUCAACACAAAAAGGACAAGCCUUUUGUAUGGCCCAUAGAUCAGCACCCGAUGAUUUGGUUGAGGAUGCUAAAGAGAUUUUUCAAGGCAAACCUUAUCAUUGGCGGGAUUGGAGCAUAUGCCGAGGCCGUGAUUGUUUAUACGUUUGGUCAGAUUCUGCUGCGUUAGAGCUUUCCAAUGGUUCUAAUGGCUGGUUCAGAUUUAUACUUGAUGGGAAAUUAGCCACGAUGUACUCAAGUGGAAGUCCAGAAAAUGGAAACGAUAGCUCUGAAAAUCGUGGUGAGUUUCUAGAAAAACUGGUUCGAGCACGAUCCAGCGUCAGCCCAGGCACGCCAUCACAGCCCAUAUUGCCCACUGUUUCUGUAUUAAGACUCGUGGUGGGAAAUUGGGUGCUGCAAUCACAUAAACCUAAUCAAUUGCAAAUUCACAACACCGAAGGUCACCAAGUGACGAUAUUGCAAGAUGAUGUGCAAGGAUUUAUCUUUGAAAGUAACAGAGGCACAAAGCAUACGUUCACAGCGGAAACGUCUUUAGGUGCAGAUUUUGCCUCGGGAUGGGCUACGGAAAAAAAGAAAAGAACAAAGUCAAAGACAGACAUUCAAAAGGUUCAAGUGUCAAACGUUUCUCGGGAAAUUUAUAAUAAAUACUUUAAGACCGCUCAAGUAACACCGCGUGGCGCUGUUGCAAAAUUAGCUGCUAUCGUAAAGCAAAUCAAUUUUGCUAUUGAGGAGCAACGUUCGUGUUGCAACAGCAAUUGGUCGAAAAUCCUAGUGUCGGCACUAACAAACCUUUCCCAAUUAAUUCAUGAGGAUGGCGUUGUGAGUGCAUAUGAAAUGCACUCGUCGGGCCUUGUGCAAGCCUUGGUUGCUGUUUUGUCCAAUAACUAUUGGGAAUUUAAUUCGUCCCGUUGCAAAACAAAUAAAAUGCUAAAGGAACGCAUUGAUAUAUUUAAAAAGUGUAUUUUUGGAGAGUGCGAUGAAUCAAAAAUAUAUAAUACGAAAAAUACGGCUAGUAUCUUAAUACAAAAACUUGUUGCUGUAUUGGAAAGCACUGAGAAACUUCCAUUGUUUCUGUAUGACGCUCCGGGAACUGGUUAUGGCCUACAAAUACUUCAGAAACGACUACGAUUUCGACUGGAGCGCGCUUCUUCUGAAAGCACACUUUUUGAUAGAACGGGUCGCACUUUAAAGGUCGAACCUCUAGCAACAGUUGGCCAGCUUGCAAAAUACUUACUAAAAAUGGUCGCUAAGCAAUGGUAUGACCUUGAUCGCUCUACAUUUUUAUACUUAAAAAAGUUGCGUGAACAGAAACAAGAUAUUUCGUUUACAUACAAUUUUGAUUUCGAUGAAGAAGGUUUAAUCUAUUACAUCGGAUCGAACGGAAGAACAUGUGAAUGGGUCAAUCCUGCACAAUACGGUCUUGUGCAAGUCACCAGUUCGGAGGGUAAAACGUUGCCGUAUGGAAAACUAGAAGAUAUAUUGUCACGUGAUGCCGUUUCUCUGAACUGUCACACUAAAGAUAAUAAAAAGGCGUGGUUUUCAAUCGACCUUGGAGUAUGUAUUGUGCCUACUGCAUACACCUUGCGGCAUGCUCGUGGAUAUGGACGUUCUGCACUACGAAAUUGGCUUUUACAAGCAUCAAAGGACGGUAUUAACUGGACUACUCUUAUUAGUCAUGUUGAUGAUAAAAGCUUAGCAGAACCGGGAAGCACAGCUACUUGGCCAAUUGUUUGUACUUCUGAUGAUACAAAAGGAUAUCGUCAUAUUAGGAUCCAGCAAAAUGGUCGAAAUGCAUCUGGUCAAACACAUUAUUUGAGUCUAAGUGGUUUGGAAAUUUAUGGACGCGUCGUAGGUGUUUGUGAUGAUAUUGGCAAAACCAUAAAAGAAGCAGAAGCUAAAACACGGCGUGAGCGACGCCAAAUUCGAGCUCAAUUGAAACAUAUUACUAGUGGAGCACGAGUAGUUCGUGGAGUAGAUUGGCGUUGGGAUGAUCAGGAUGGUUCGUGUCAAGGUACUAUAACUGGAGAAAUACACAAUGGUUGGAUUGAUGUAAAGUGGGACCAUGGUGUAAGAAACUCCUAUCGAAUGGGUGCUGAAGGCAAAUACGAUUUAAAAUUAGCAAACUUAGAAAGUGUUUCUAUCUUCGAAGGAGUUAAUUCAACUCUACCAGUUGCUUCAGGUCCUGGACCAAAAAAAACGGAUAAGACAAACGUGCUAACAUCUCGAAAAUCUAGCUCCACUCCAUCUCUUCCCGAAGCUACCGAGAUAAAUAAAAACCCAGAAGAUGCAUCCAAUCAAACUGUUUCAGCUGACAACCUUGCUUGGAAACAAACUGUAGAGACCAUUGCCGAAAACGUAUUCAUAUCAGCAAAGACUCAUAUUACAACCAACCAAGCGAAUGCGGCUUUAAAAAAGGAAACCCAAGCUCAAUACGAUGAAUCUAGUUCCGAGCAAACAUCCUUAGCUACAACGAAUAUUCCGUCACCCUUAAUUCGUGAAUUACAACACAUUGCAGAUCUUUCUACAAUUAAUAAUUCAAUGCAAGCAAUUAACUUAAAUAAUGUGUCAGACUUGGCCCCCAUUUCAGAGAGCUUGUCAAUUGUUGAAGUUUCAAAGGAAGCCAGUAGCGCAAAGCCCAGCGAGGGUACUUCGGUCGUAUCAAAGGAUAUUAAACGAAGACCUUAUAUUGAAGAAAACAAUAAAAUGAAUGCUAAUAAUUCCGUCAACAAUUUGGCAAAAGGGCUGUUGAUAAAUUUAAGGCAAAUAAACUCAUCGAAUUCUCAUUGUGUUUCACAGCUUCCAACCGAAACUCGCGAAAUAAUAGAUAAAAUGCGUGAUGGUGUAGACAUGUUACGUAACAAUACUAAUAACAUACUAUCAUCAGAUGAACUACACAUACCUCGUUCAAAUGUGUCAUCGGAGCCGAAAGGGAAUGCAAAGGUCUCGGUACUCAUACAACAUGACAGUCUUCAAAAAAGUGACACCUUGGAUGGUGCGAGUAACGAAGCGGUGAAUUCCUCUACACCUCGCCAAAAUUUGGAUAGUUCAGAUAGCACGACACAGAUUUCAAAUUUCCCAGGUCAAAUCGACAAUAUUAUUAAUCCGCAAAUUUCAAAUGAUGUUGUUUCCGUUUCUAACCAAAUGAGCAUCAGCGUGCCCAACUUAACGACAUCUUCGGAAGUAUCGUCAACGUCAGAAGUGGCAGUACAUACUGGUUUAUUGGAAACAUUCACAGCGAUUGCGCGUCGUCGGACUUCACAAGAUACCAACAAUGAUAUUGGAAAUCAGUCAAACAACACGAAUGUUAAUAAAAACGAGCAUAGUAAUCAGAACGUAGGAGCAAGCUCAUUUUUUGCCAGAGGACCCAACUCGGUAACAAGCUUAGUAAAGUUGGCUUUAUCGAGUAAUUUUCAUUCCGGUUUAUUAAGCACAGCGCAAAGCUAUCCUAGUCUUUCAUCCAAUAAUGGAGACAACACUUCAUCAUCGAAUCCAACUAAUAAAAAAGUUAGUCAACAGGCAACAUCAUCAGUUAAUCCAACGUUAACAAUGAGCUUAACUUCUACUUCGAGUGAUAGUGAACAAGUGUCUCUAGAAGACUUUUUAGAAAGCUGCAGAGCCCCCACAUUGCUAGGCGACAUGGAAGAUGAAGAUGAUAUGGAGGAAGAAAAUGACGAAGAAGAAAACGAGGACGAGUAUGAAGAAGUGGGAAAUACACUUUUACAAGUUAUGGUUUCGCGAAAUCUAUUAACAUUUAUGGAUGAUGAAUCCUUGGAAAAUAGAUUGGCAGGUGUAAGCAAGCGCAAAUCAUGGGAUGACGAAUUUGUUUUAAAAAGGCAGUUUUCUGCCUUAAUACCUGCUUUUGAUCCCAGGCCGGGUCGUACAAAUGUGAAUCAAACUUCGGAUUUGGAAAUUUGUGCGCCAGAUACAAACAUGGAAAACUUUCAGCAAACCGGGCAAAUAACUGCUGAUCAGACAAUGCUCGGCUUGAAAUUACGUGGCCCAGGUGUGGGAGGAGUUCCAGAUGUUGAAAUUGACUUGGAUAAUAGUGAGUGGACUAUAUUUCGAGCCGUACAGGAACUGCUUCAAAAUAGUCAAAUGAAUAAAAAUGAUAAAUUUCGCAAAUUAUGGGAACCAACAUACACAAUUGUUUAUAGAGAAACAUUUCCAACUGUUAAAGAAUCUUCAUAUAUGGAAUCAGAAGAAGGUCAAAAAACGCCAGGAGUUUCAUCUCGAAGCGGAGCUUCUACAUUAUCUCCAAAUUCCCCAGUGCAUGGAGGAUUGAGCAUUACAGAUAAUACAUUAUGCUCCGUUGAGGACGUUCUUGAAUUGCUAACCCAGAUCAACGCACUCAACCAAUGUGAAAUAGAAAGCGGAGUUCAGUGUACUAAUUCACCGAAACGUUCCUUUUUACCAGCUGAGCUAUUCAUGAGCAAAAAAAUUACCAAUAAAUUACAACAACAAAUUCACGAUCCUCUCGUUCUUUCAAGCAACGCACUUCCCAAUUGGUGCGAAGAUUUAAAUCAGUCUUGCCCAUUUUUAUUCCCAUUUGAAACUAGACAAUUAUAUUUUAACUGUACUGCAUUCGGAGCAUCUAGAAGCAUUGUUUGUUUACAAUCUCAACGUGAUAUUACAACGGAGCGGCAAAGGAUUCCUAUUAUGAGUCCGCGUCGAGACGAUCAGCACGACUUCCGAGUUGGACGAUUAAAGCACGAGCGGGUCAAAGUUCCACGAAAUAAGGAUUUACUAAAAUGGGCUAUUCAAGUCAUGAAAGCUCAUUGUAAUCGAAAGUCUGUACUUGAAGUCGAAUUUUUAGAUGAAGAAGGCACAGGAUUGGGACCAACACUUGAAUUCUAUGCUUUAGUAGCUGCAGAAAUUCAACGAGCGGAUUUGUGUAUGUGGCUUUGUGAUGAUGAUUUAACCGAAGCUCAAGACACACCACAAUUUCACAAUAUUGAAGACACUUCAAAACCAAUAGGCUAUUAUGUUAACAGGCGUGAGCAUGGAUUAUUCCCAGCACCUCUGCCACAAAAUUCCGAACUAUGUGAGCAGGUAUCGAAGUAUUUCUGGUUCUUUGGAGUUUUCAUAGCUAAAGUUUUGCAGGAUAUGCGACUUGUUGAUAUGCCUUUGUCAAAAUCCUUUCUACAAUUACUUUGUCACAACAAAGUAUUAUCACGAAAUGAUUUAAAGCUCAAAGCCAAUACACAUUUCCAAGAUCUGAUGGCGAGCUCAGUUGCUUCAAAAGAUUCCGAGUUUGCAAAUACAUAUUCUCAAGUUUUAAACGAGGAUUUUACACAGUUCAACUGGUUUAGUGGAAUUCUAAACAUUGAAAACCUAAGAGAAAUCGAUCCAACGCGCUAUCAAUUUUUAAUUGAACUACAAGACUUGUUAAUGCGUAAACAAGCAAUUGAUUUAGAUGAAAGUCUAAGCAUGGAAGAAAAAUCUGAAUUGGUCAAGAAUCUUAAAUUGCGCACUAAAAAUAAUAUAGAAGUAUCACUGGACGAUUUGGCCCUUUCCUUUACAUAUUUACCUAGCUCGUCUGUGUAUGGAUACACAUAUGCAGAGCUUAUUCCAAAUGGUUAUGCAACUGAAGUCAAUAUAAAUAAUCUAGAAGCAUACUGCGAAUUGCUUCUCAACUUUAUGUUACACGAUGGUAUUGCCAAGCAAAUGCAGGCAUUUCAUGACGGGUUUUGCGAAGUUUUUCCUUUGACUAAACUAGCCGCAUUUAACCCAUCCGAGGCUAGAAUGAUGAUAUGUGGCGAGCAAUAUCCCCAAUGGAACCGCGAAGAUCUAAUGGCGUACACCGAGCCGAAACUGGGUUACUCCAAAGAUAGUCCUGGAUUUUUACGUUUUGUUAACGUUCUGUUAAGCUUGUCGGGAACUGAACGUAAAGCUUUUUUGCAAUUUACCACUGGCUGUAGUAGCCUGCCUCCGGGAGGAUUGGCCAAUUUACAUCCGAGACUUACAGUAGUACGCAAGGUUGACGCUGGACAAGGAAGUUAUCCAUCAGUGAACACUUGUGUUCAUUACUUGAAACUUCCCGACUACCCGUCUGAGGAAAUAAUGAAGGAUCGAUUAUUAACAGCAACUAAGGAGAAAGGUUUUCACUUAAAUUAAAAAAG